GACUUGGUUGGCAAAAUUCUGCCAGAUGAGCCCUGCGACUUUGAGAAGGCUUUGCGUAUUGAGGUGCUUAAAAUCACUCAAAGGGGCGGGCCGGUCCUCACUCCGGACUCAUCCACCAAGGACGCCAGCGCUGGAUCUCCAGUCAAGAAGGACAAGGUGACCACUUCUGUUAGAUGUCGCUGCAAGUUGAUCAUCUGUCGCGCGCCACGUCCAGAAGAGCUUCGGAUCCUCUACUGUGACAGCCAAAUCUGCAACGUCAAGGUGCCGUCAGAUGCUGACGGGGGUCGCCGGAUGGCUCGGAUCUACCUCACCAAGCCUUUCCAUAUUCCCGCGGAGAAGAUCUAUGUUCUUCGAGAGGACGACGAUCUCUUCACCUUGGAAGACUCUUACUUUAUCUCUGUCGAGUUGGAGUCAGCUGGCGACCCGAACUGGCCUCCGCAAGCUCUCCUUGCCAAGGAGCAGCGAGAUGACGCAAAGGACGCAGGAAAGCGCUGGGUUCUAUCGGCCCAGACAACAUACCAAUUUGACAAGCACCGGACAACAGCGCCCGUGAAGCUCAGGAGAAAGGUCGGCUUCGAGGCCGAUGCUGGUUUGGAUUUGGACAUCGAUCUGAGAUGGCCAACCAACCAUGCAGGCGCGCCUCUGCGCGCAAGGCCAGUCGAAUCGCCUUCAGAGGUGAAGGCGGCAGCAAGCGGUGCUCUAGAAACGCUCACGAGUGGCCAACUCAACCAGAGCGCUGAGACUGAGAACAUCAUACGUGCAGGGGAUGGUCACGAACCACCACCGGAUGAAGAUUUUGACGAGACUGGAGAAGCAGUCACGCCAACACGAGCUCUUAGACAGAAGAAGAAGCAGAUUUACAACCUCAAAGCCUUGAGCGACAAAGCCCGCGGGAAGGGCCUGAAGGAACGGAAACAGCAAGUCAAGGCCACAGAGAGUGGCCUCGAGGCGGGACGCGUGACCUGGGUGCUUCCACAACUCGGUCAAGUCACGACGGCUGACUUCGGUUGCAUUCGAUGUUAUGCCACGCAUCCAUCUCAGGCAUUGCUUCUGCAGCACACAGAGGAUCAUCCGGAAUUCAAGUUCAGGCUCGACUUGAGUGGGAAGCACGGCAUGAGGAUCUUGAUAUCACAACAUGGCCAACCCACACCAGAGCCAGAAGAUGCGGAAAGUGAGCCGGCACGGGAGAUGACUCCGCGGAAACAGCCCAAGCCUCGUGUAUCGCAUCAGAAGCAGCGCUUGCUUCCUGUGAAGCCAAAGGACCCGAGGCAGCUGAUCCCGGACAACAAGCAACCGCUCUACAACCGCGUGACGAAGGCAACGCUCGCACCUGGGGCCUUGAUAGAACCACCACCCGUGGACGACUCCUGGCUGAUGCAAAAACACCGGGAUGUUAUUCUUGACUACAGCGACGUGCAUGCAGAGGAGAAGGAGUACAUCUGCGAGUGGGAUGCGUUUGUCCUGAAGCAGCGUAUAACAUCCGAGCCUCACCUUCAGAAUGUCUACCUCAGCUUCAUCGAGGAGAAGGCGUCCUGGCUCACUUCACGGCAAAGUCGCAUGAUAGAGUUCGCCAAGCAUCUCACUUAUCUGAAGGCCCGAAACUCACUGACACAGGAGACGAUCAUUAAAGCAUUUGCAAUGUUGCGAGACGCAAAGGCGGACGCGGAGGAGGUUUCAUCUGAGGAGCCAAAACCGGCGUCACCAAGGGUUGAAGGCAGGAGGUCUGCGUCAGGUUGUGGCGUGUGUGGUCAGCCAGUCCGUGGUCCUUCGACGCUGAUAUGUGAUAAUGAGGUACGUUUCUAUAUUGAGGUGUGGUGUGCAGCUUGGCUGACUGAUAUCGCAGGAUUGCGAUCGACCCUUUUACCACGACGACUGUAUCCGCUCGGAGGCGAAAAUGCCUGUAAGCAGUCGCCGAUGGCGGUAGUGCGCACCAAACGCCACAUUUCAUCUACUAUGGGGCAGGACAAGGCCAGCGAGGGCGACGAAUAUGAUGCUAGAUACACCACCCACAGGAGGGCUGGCUACGCAUCAACGAGAUCAAGGCCGUGGAAGCUAACAUCCUGGCACGCCUACGGGCUGAAUGGAGAGGCAGGUGUGGCAUGAGAUGGAGCCUAGUCACUUGAUGCUUGGAAGGGCAAGCUCAAGUUUGAAUACAGAUUUAUGUCGUAAAGGGGAGAAGCUCUCCUACACACCAUUAGAGCGUUGGCACCGAGAAUAGGGGCGGAGCACAUGCAGACACGUGCUCUCUGGGAUGACUUGGUGCGAACUAUUUUCGAAGACACUUUCGGCGGUGCUAAGCCGGGGCUCUUUUACUGUCGAAAGUCAAUGCAAUAUACCAUCAUACAGUCGUCCACGGGUCUUCUGCGCGAGAGUCUGAAUGACGGCGCCUCUUCAUGUUUAUGGAGAGUAGGCUACAUGGAGAGAGAAUGGGAUAUGAUUUGGUGAGGCGAAAAUCUUGCAUGUAGCGGAUAUGCAUUCAAUAGUCACAUCUGGGAUGAUUGCCCGAAAUCCUCGUGUAACGUUUAU